AUGAAAUGCGAUUUUUGUGAAGAGAGUACCCCUUUAAUUGGUAAUAAUGCAUGUGUAAUAGAGGCAGAUAUCAUGCGUCAUUCUUUGUUCUUGAAAUACUCGCAAUCAUAGAAUUACCAUUACACGAAGGGCAUUACGGAGAUUCUACACAAUUACCGUACAGCAAACAAUAUACUUUACAAGGAUGUGAUCACGUAUGACUCACCUGAGGAAUUACUGUGUAAAAUAUAUAAAUGUGACGCAAUGUAUGAAAAACUGCAAAUGUUGGGUGAGUACUACAAGUUCCAUAAUGAUAUCCCUCGGUUAUUCAUGCUUCCAGCCAUAAUUCCGUUGAACUACUACCACGACAAGAAGAGGAGAUUGGAGUACUUUCGCAUUGCCAAGUUGAUAGCUCAGGAGAACAAGAACAAUCCAGACAAACCUCCGAAAGGGAUAGUGGGAGAUUCGCCAAUGCCGUAAUCCAGCCAGUAGAUGACUGCUCAAGAUCCGAGCUCCUCUGACGAACCGAUGUCUAAAUGUGAGAAGAUCCUUGAAGGUAUCAGCAUCAUCGAGCCUAAACCGCAAUUUGUGAACUUCAAGUAAUAGCUGCAGCAAUAUAAACUUAUGCAAUCUACCAAUCCCAACUUCAAAUAUGAAAACUACAAGCCUCCUUAUAAAGAAUACAUCGCAAAUCAAACAUCUAUUCCAAAAGGAGUUGCAAAAAAGAAAAAUCAAUCUUAAAAAUCUGAUUAGUUGCAUAUUGUAAUCUGUUCAGUUUUAUUAAUUUAGACUCCUCGAGAAGUAGAAUAUAAAUGUCCAAGCAAUCAUACAUUAUUACCAAAUCAAUAAAGAAUUGCUACUCUUCUCAAAUCACCCAAAUGCACUACUCCAAGAGCUCCUUAAUAAAGUCCCCAUCUUCCAAAAAAAGUGUAAUAAUUAGAAUUAAAAGUCAUGUCUGAUUUGCAAACUCUUUUAGCCAAAAAACUAAUCAGAGAUUCGAAACAGUGUUGCACUGUGCAUUUUGACAGUCUGUCUCUUGCGUAAGAUCCUCGCAGUCUUACUUAGAGAUACGAAAUUACAAAUCGUCUCAAGGGACAGUCAUCUAGGAAGAAAUUAAACAUCAAAGAAUUGAAUUAGUUUAGGAGAGUUAAAAUUCAAGAACCUCUGUCUAAUAGGGAAGUGAGUAGGAAGAUAAAUACAAAAUCAAAAUCGAAUGAUAAACCAUUAUAAAUUAAUACGAGUGGAGAGCAAAAACUUGUAUAUUAUUAAUAAACUCAUUCUGCGAGAUAAGUGACUAAUUCAUAGCAAUCAACGAUGCUUAAAUAGAGCAGUGGAUAAUCGUCUUCUCAGCAAAUGCAUCAUCAGAAAUCUAAUACGGCUAAGACUAUUGGAAAAUCCAUGAAGUAGACCAACACUUUCGAUUCUCAACUUUACAAGGUAGCACUUAAUUUGGCAGUCAAAUCAGUUAGGAGCAGGAAAUAGUGA